AUGAGCAGUCACCUAGAGAACAAGAUCGUGGGACAUCAAAAACAGUUUCAGUUUUUGCCUGGUAGCAAUCACUCUUUAGAGUUCAAACUGGUUAUUGCCCUGCUUUUGUCGUUUGUGACUCUGGGAGAAGCAAGGAAGUCAUUUCUCAGUGUUCUGAAUAUAUAAAAGACUGAAAUGCUAUUUUUCAUAAAGACUGAAGAAACUGUCAUUGUAAGAUCAAGUUAUGGAGAAGAUUGGCCAAACUCCAGCUAUCUCUUCUUGAAAUUAGAAGAUCUUAAACUGCUGCAAGUGGUGAAUGUGACAAAAACCUAAUGAAACCUUGCAACAGAUGAAGAUGGAAUGACAAAUUUGACUGUUUAGCUAUGGGAUUCUGAAGGUAGGCAAGACUCAAGAAAUAACUUUAAAGUGCAAAGAAAAGACUGUCUUUUCAAAGUAUCAAUGCAUAUUGAUUCAAAUGUCCAAUGCUUAUUCCACUGAUGUGCAUUUGGUUGCAGUAUUGAAUUGCAGUGAAAGAGACCUUUGCCAAUAAUUCUCGGGGGCUUACACAAUUUUUUUCUUAUGCCAUUUUAUGGAUUUCUUUUGACACAGCUUUUGGCAUCACAGGAGGCACAACAUGCUUUUGGAUUUGUAAUGACCUGCACAUGCCCAGGAGGUGAGGUCUAUUUCUUUGUUCUGCUUCUAGAAGGAGAUAAUUUGGUCAUUUAGAUAACUUGCACUUUAGUGUUACUGGCCUUGAUAUUGAUGUUUGCCAAUUCUUAUAUGUACAGUAGGAUGUUAGGUUUAUCAUUUCAUUUCAUAUUUCAUAUUCCUGUUUCUAAAAUUAUAUAUACCUUUUUAUACUUAUCAUUUGGAAUAGUCAAGUAUAAAAUACCUGAAAAAGCAAAGUUCUUGGAGAGAAUAAAUAGAACUCUGAGUUUAAUGUCUGUAGGGAUUUAUUUGACUUUCAGAAUGUUUCUAAAAAUAGUUAACCUAGAGGUGCCUUUAUUGGGUGUCUUAGUUCCUGCUCUGGGUUUGUUGUUUGGGUACUCCUUUGCUAACAUUUCUGUGCUGCCUCUUCCUGUUUGUAAAGUUCCUACCAAAAAUGGGACGCUAGUUUCUUAGCCCUUGCCAUUAUUCAGCUCUUUUUCACAGUCCAAGACCGACUUAGCUUCUGUGGCUCCUUUUACAGUGGCCAUGUGUUUUGGAUGUGAAAUGUUACUGUUCCUUCUGUUCUACAAGGCUAAGAAAAUAUGUAUCCUUAUCAUAGAAGAUAAAAGGAGAACGAAAUCCCUAACAAUUAAAGGACUACUGAAUUCCUACUCUGAAUGA